UUUUUUUUGUCUUCAUUGUAUUUUAUACCCCUUGUUCUUCCUCCUUUAUGAUUCAAAUACAUUAUGCUCCUUUCCUCAUUUUGUCGAUAUCCCCCCUCUAGACGUUUGAUGGCCACCUUCAGCUCAAAAUCUAAAUAUGUGAAAUGGGAACCUUGGGAAGAUACCUUAUUGAAAGAUUAUGUCGCCAAUAAUGGAAAAAGAUGGUCAGAUCUAGUUCGACAUUGCCUACCUCACCGAACGGGAAAUAGCUGCUUAUAUCGUUACAAACAUAUAUCUGAUUCAACAUUAAAAAAGGGUCCGUUAACACCUUCUGAAAGGGAUAAAUUACGACAGGGUGUUAAUGAACUUGGUCUUGGAAACUGGACAAUGAUCUCUAAACUGUAUUUACCGCACCGUACACCAGCACAACUUUACAAUGUAUGGACUAGUACCUGUGAUCCUCAACUGGUUAAACAACAACGAUGGAGUACUGAAGAGGACAAUUUACUUUUGGAUGGGAUUAAGCAACAUGGAAUGAAUCAAUGGACCAAGAUCAAGAAUUCGCAUUUGCCUCACCGAAGCCGCCAGCAGAUUCAAUACCGUUACAACAAUCACUUGGAUCCUCGUAUUCGACAUACUCCUUGGACAACUGAAGAAGCAGAUAUCUUACUACGGCGCACCAUUCUAUUUGGUACUGAUGAUUGGAAUAAGGUAUCCGAAGGUUUGGAAGGUCGAACACCAGAACAAUGCAGAUUAUACUAUAUCAGGCACGUCGACCCAUCACGCACCAAACGUAAUACUCCGUGGACAGAAAACGAUACUCUUUUGUUUUGGGAACUGGUAGAAAUCUAUGAUGGCAAAUGGAAAAUCAUCAGCAAGCAAUUAGGCCGCACCGAAGAAGAAUGCAUUGCUUUAUUUAAGGCUGCUCAACAACGGGAACUCAAACUUCUUCACUCGAAACAUGACACGGAACAGCAUCCAGAAGAAACAAGAUCUCAGUGGAAACGACGUAUAGGUGCUUUGAUGUCCCAGUAUUACCAACAAUAUUAUUAUACCGCUCAGCCGUCCAUGGAUGUCAACAGGAUGAAUAACAGCAAUAACGAUAGUAACAACAUGGAUAAACUUUUGGAUAAAAACUCUGAUGCACAAACAAAACAACACAACACAACUGAAAAAGCCAGCAAUAAAAAAACCAACAAUGGUAGCAAAGGAAGAACAUGGACGAAGGAAGAGUCGAAUUUACUGGAUCAAUUGGUGGAAAAAUAUGGAAUGGAUUGGACUACGAUCGCACAACAUCAUCCAACAAAAUCGACCUCUCAAUGUAGAUCACGAUAUUACAAUGUACUACGCUAUCGACAGGAUCCGACCUACUUGCAUGAUCAACCUCUGUCAAAAAUCGAAAAAGAACUUGUCUUGCAUGGUGUUGAUUUGUUUGGACAUGACUGGGUGGCAAUUACCAAGACGUUUCUUCCUAGACGAAAACCUCACCAAUGCAUGCGAUGGUAUUUCGCCAACUUUGAAGGAACCAAUACUGGUGGUGAUGAUGAUAAAGGAACAACACCUAUGGAUUCAACACUGAUGGAUCACAGACCAAUCAGGAAAGGGAGAUGGACAGAUGAGGAAAACAAACAGCUUGAAUUUAUCAUGGAACACUAUUACAACAACAACGACGAUAAAAACAACAUCAGAUACGACUGGCGCAAAAUAGCAAGAUUCAUCAAUACUGGACGAACGCCAAGUCAAUGCAAGUUACACUGGUUUUCAGUUCUACGAUAUGAUGAUAGCAAGAAAGGUUCUUGGACAUGGGAUGAGAGGCUACGCUUGGUGGAAUUGGUUCAAAAACAUCAAAUGGCUGACUACUCGAAGGAAGAGAUGUGGAAAAGGGUGGCAACCGAUUUGAAAACUGGACGAUCACCUUUCUCUUGUCGCUCGAAAUACAAUUACAUGGAAAAAACAAAUAGUCUCUUCAGGUCAUAGUUGAUUUUUUUUUUUUUUUUUUU